UUUUUCCUCUACUUUACUCUCGGGGCAUAUCAUGAAGUGUGUUGGAUCUUUCAGUACUGGCCUACUGCUGCUGGCAGCGUGCUAUGUCGCAAAUGGUGCUCAAUACCACGAAGUGCAGCCAUUAGCACGACGCGAUGCCGAGUCCGGUCAUGACACUCAUGCUGUCGUUCACGAUGCUUCUGGAGAAUACGCCCUGCGGUUUAAGAAAACGCAAUCUUGUGAAAACUCGCUACAGUAUUCUGGUUAUCUCGAUAACCUGAAAACGGACGAUCACUUGUUUUUCUGGUUUGUGGAAUCCCGUAGUUCUCCACAAACGGAUCCUAUGCUUCUAUGGCUCAACGGUGGUCCCGGAUGUUCCUCGGUCACUGGAGCAUGGAUGGAGAUAGGUCCAUGUCUUGUAACAGAAGCAGGAAAUGAUACAAUGCUAAAUCCUUACAGCUGGAACACCAUGUCCAAUGUCCUCUUUCUGGAUCAACCUGUCAACACUGGAUACAGUUACGGAUCUUCGAAUGUGAGCAGUUCGGUGGACGCAGCACGUUACAGUUACGCGUUCCUGCAGCUUUUCUUCCAAACGUUCAAGAAAUACGCUCAUUCUGAACUUUAUAUUGCUGGUGAAUCUUUUGGUGGCCAUUUUGUUCCUCCGCUGACAAUGAACAUUUUGGAAGGAAAUAAAGUCUUGCAGAAAGACCAGGUCCGUAUCAAUCUGGUGUCGAUAUUGAUUGGCAACGGCUGGACCAAUCCUCGCACCCAGUUCCAAGCCUAUCACACAUUUGCAUGCACCAAUGAUGGCCCAUUAAAACCUUUAUUUGAUCAAAAGACGUGCGACAAAAUGAAAAAGGAAGCCGAUCGAUGCAAAACGCUCAUGGAUGCUUGCUAUCGAACGAAUUCACUAUUAGCGUGUUUGCCAGCUGGCUUGUACUGUCAGACUACGCAAACCAAUAUGAUUGCGAAAGCCGGUGUGAAUAUGAAUCCUUAUGACAUCCGUAAAAAAUGUGAAGGAGACCCUUCUAUGUGUUAUCGCAUUUAUACCGCCAUCGAUUAUUGGGCCAAUCGUAAAGACGUGCGACAGGGUUUAGGCGUCGACACCCAGAUCCAGAAUUUCACCAGCUGCAACGCUAAAAUGCCGGAUGAAUUCGCCAUGCACGGUGACUCGACAAGGGAUUACUCACCUUUCGUGGCCAAGGCAUUGACGGAAGGUGUGCGUGUGCUCCUUUACUCAGGCGACGUUGACUGGACAUGCAACUGGUAUGGCACGAAAGCGUGGGCUCUGGAAUUAGAGUGGCCAGGAAAGCAAGAUUUCAAUCAAGCUCAAGACGAACAGUGGUUCAGUUGGACAAGCGGAGAAAUCGCAGGCGAGGUCCGCUCGCAUGGAAAUUUGACGUUCUUGAGAGUAUACGAUGCAGGCCACAUGGUGCCCAUGGAUCAGCCCGCUAACUCACUUGACUUUUUCAAUCGAUGGAUCAAUCAGAUGCCUCUAACAAAAUAAAACAUGACACUCACUCAACACCACAAGUGGACAAGAAAAAAGC